AUGAUUUCCUUCCUCCUCUGCCUCUCCAUUUUCCUGUACCCACAAAUCAUCAACGCUGCCUCCGCCAAUCCACCCUACAUUCCGACUGAACAUAUCCUGCUCAAUUGCGGCUCGUCGUCGAAUUUGACAGACGCCGAUGGACAGAGAUGGGACGGUGACGUGCCGGACAUUAAUAAGGCUAAUAUCUCAUUCCCAGCAACAGCAGCAGAGCAAAACCCUUCCAUCGGCGAGGUCCCUUACAUAACUGCCCGGAUAUUCCGUUCUGAAUUCUCCUACAGUUUCCCCGUCUCCCCGGGUCAAAAAAUCCUACGUCUUUACUUUUACCCGGCCACAUACUCCGGCGACCUCAUAAAAAACCAAUCUUUCUUCUCCGUUUCUGCCAAUCAGUAUUCGCUUCUCAGCAACUUCAGCGCUUAUCUCUCAGCACAGAAAUGGGCCACUCUUGUGAAAGAAUUCAUCAUCAAUGUCGGACAAAUUCAGCUUCUUAGCGUCAACUUUUCGCCGUCGGCUAACUCAUACGCGUUCAUCAACGGGAUCGAAGUUGUCCAAAUCCAAUCACUCAAAUUAAAUGAUAACACGACAGCUUUCGAAACUCUUUACCGGCUAAACGUGGGAGGACCGGCAGUAUUGGCCGUGAAUGAUACAGGGAUGUUUCGUCAAUGGUUUCAAGAUGAUGAAUUUAUAUUUGGUGGGAAUCCUGGUAAUACCUUGAGUAAUGGUACCAUCUCCCUUCAUUAUACUUCACAAAUUCCCGAUGACAGCGCGCCGUCACUCGUUUACACCACGGCGAGGGCGACAGGAUUCACGAGUGAUUUGACAUGGAAAUUUCAAGUGGAUUCCGGGUUCAAUUAUCUGCUGAGGUUGCAUUUCUGCGAGUUUAUGCCUUCUUUUAUUAACUCCACCAAUCAAAGGGUGUUCAAGAUCAUCAUCAAUAACCAGACAGCUGAACCAGUGGCUGAUAUAAUACGGUGGACCGGUGGUACCGGAAUCCCUGUCUUCAGGGACUACGCCAUAUUCGUUCCAAAUUCCUCUCACAGUAGCCAGAGCAAGAAGGACCUGUUUCUCGCCUUGCGUCCUGACUUUUACGAUUCACCCUUCUACUUUGACGCAAUCUUAAACGGGCUAGAAGUAUUUAAAUUGAACCGCACCGCCGGUAACCUCGCAGGACCCAAUCCUGAACCUCCCGAAAGUUUGGGCCCAAAUACCAAGCCACUGGAACGGAAGAAGAGCACCCGGCGCAUCGGAAUGAUAGUCGCUGUUGUCGGAGUGGUUGGAGGAGGGGUCGUAUUUCUGGCACUGUGCUUUUUUUUACUCGUUUACCGGCGACGAAAGAAAGAGUUUGAACGGAAGAGUGCUUCAACCCACUCCCGGUCAACAAAGAUUAAAAAGCGUAAAUUAGAAGAAGCUGAGAUGCAACUGCGAGCUGAAUACAUACAUCAAUUAACAUCCUCCGAUGAAGUGCAAAACCAAACAAGUGAAGAAGUUAAAAAGAAAGAAUUCCAUUUUCUGAUACGUCGAACAAUUUCUGAAAUUGCAAUAACAAGAGGUCACUUCAACGACUUGAAUGAUGAAGACCUAAAACAGUGCAUCCAACUGCAACUUACAAUGAUUUCCUUCCUCCUCUGCCUCUCAUUUUCCCUCCACCCACAGCUCAUCAGCGCCGCCAAUCAACCUUACACCCCUACGGAUCAUAUCCUACUCAAUUGUGGCUCGCCGUCAAAGCUUACCACAGAUGGCCAGAGCUGGGACGGUGAUGUCGGUACAAAGUUCUCGCCGGACAUCAAUAAGCCUAAUAUCUCAUUCCCAGCAACAGCAGCAGAGCAAGACCCUUCCAUCACCAGUCAAGUCCCUUACAUGACUGCCCGGAUCUUCAAUUCUCAAUUCUCCUACAGUUUCCCUGUCUCCCCGGGCCAAAAAAUCCUUCGCCUUUACUUUUACCCGGCCACAUAUUCCGGCAAUCUCUUAAAAAACCAAUCUUUCUUCUCUGUCACUGCCAAUCAGUAUUCGCUUCUCAGCAAUUUCAGCGCGUAUCUCUCAGCACAGAAAUCGGCCUCUCUCGUCAAAGAAUUCAUCAUCAACGUCGGGCAAAUUCAGCUUCUCAACGUCACCUUUGCGCCGGCGGCAAACUCGUACGCCUUCGUCAACGGAAUUGAAGUCGUUUCCAUCCCGGACAACUUCUAUAUGGGGAGCCAUGACAUCAACAAUAAUCCACUCAAAUUGGUCAUCGCCCAAACUACCUUGUACGACUUUGAUCAAAACAGGACAGCCUUCGAAACUGUUUACCGGCUAAACAUCGGAGGACAGGCAAUCUCCGCCGUGGACGAUACAGGGAUGUUUCGUCAAUGGUUCCAGGAUGGUGACUUUAUAUUUGGUGGGAAUACUGGUAAUCCCUUGAGUAAUGCUACCAUAUCUCUCCAGUAUACUUCACAGACUCCGAAUUACACCGCGCCAUCACUCGUUUACACCACGGCGAGGGCGAUGGGAAGCAUGAGCACAAGAUACGAUUUGACAUGGAUUUUCCCAGUGGAUUCCGGGUUCUAUUAUCUUCUCAGGUUGCAUUUCUGCGAGUUCAUGCCAUAUUUAUUCAACGCCACAGGUCAAAGGGUGUUCACGAUUGUCAUCAAUAACCGGACAGCUGAACAAUCCGCGGAUGUAAUAUGGUGGGCAGGUGGUACCGGAAUCCCUGUGUUCCGGGACUACGCUGUGUUUGUUCCAAAUGCUUCCAACAGCCAGAGCAAACAGGACCUGUUUCUCGCUUUGCAUCCUGACUUUGAAGCCAACCCCAGUUACCUUGACGCCAUCUUAAACGGGCUUGAGAUAUUUAAAUUGAAUAGCACCGCCGGUAACCUCGCCGGUCCCAAUCCUGAACCUUCCGGCACUUUGAAGCCAAAUACUAAGCCGCCAGAGGAGAAGAAACGCAAGGGGAAUAACGGAAUAAUACUUGGUGUUUUCGGAGGUGUGGUGGGAGCAGGCGUCAUAGUCUUCUUUCUGGCACUGUUUGUGACAACCAAUUCGCGGCCAACAAAGACAGCAGCGUCAGAGCAACACUGUUUGGCCGAGUGGGCAAGGAGGUGUUAUACAAAAGGGAUUGUCCAUCAGAUUGUGGAUCCAAACCUGAAGGUCCAGAUUGCUCCAGAGUGCCUGUGGAGUUAUUCCGAAUUAGCAUUCAAUUGCUUGAAAGACCAAGGAGUAGACCGGCCAGCGAUGAGCGACGUCGUUGGGAGCCUGGAAUUUGCUCUGCAGCUUCAGGAAGCCGCUGACAAAGACGGCCAACAUUGUCGUCCCAUAUUGAUUCCUCUGAAUUUGGAUGGAAGAGAAGGAAACAUAACCACGUCCGAUGAUGAUACAGAGGCGGCGUUGACAUCAGGCGAACUGUAUUUGGCUGCGGCCUGGAACAAAUUGAACAAUCAAAGCAGUACCCCUACUGAAAGUUUUUCCACGACUAGCAGUUCCGAUAAUUUGAAGCCUGGAAGUGUUUUUUCUCUGAGCUCGUAA